GCGGAGAUGCACCUGGCAGCGCUCUCCACCAUUCUACAAGAGUUUGGUAAGAGUAUUAAUCAGGCGUGCUUUCUGAUCAGUGAUAACUGUGCUGUGAAUAAGCGUCUGGCUCGCAUCAUGGGUGUGCCGCUCGUGGGCUGCGCGAGUCACCGACUAAACAUGGCAGUCCGACUGUACACGUCCCCACUGGAGAACGCGCUGGCUGGCAUCCAGAAGCUCAUAGUCAAGCUGAGAACUCUGAAUCAAGCGGCGAAACUACGG